GAGCAGCAUUAAUGAAGGAGGUGACCUGCUAAGAAUUCUGCAAAAGGGACCCUUUUCAACAAGUAUGGGGUCACCAUGGAAACCAUUUCUCAUCCUGUCUGUCAUCAGUGGCCUUUCAGACUUUGCCAGAGCUGUUGCAGCACGGCCCAUUUCUUAUGCAGCCGUGCUACGGAUGAAGCAGGACAGCUCCUUGUCGGUGCUCACGCCACGCAGCAGACCUUCACACCGCCACAGCGGUGGUCUGGGGAAUCCUGGCUGGCCUGCUUUUUCCAUUCUACCUCCGUCUGCUCUGACUUUGCUCAGCUCUCAGGAGGACCACAGGAGUGAAGAGAGCCUGGAGUUUGGCCCCGUUUUCAUCCAGGAGCCAGAUGACAUUAUUUUUUCUUUGGGUUCUGGUGAAAGGAAAGUGAUGCUGCACUGCGAGGCGCGGGGAAACCCACCUCCCACAUACAGCUGGUACAUUAAUGGGACCAGAGUGGACUCAGACACAGACUACAGAUACAGCUUCAUCGAUGGAGACCUAAUCAUCACCAAUGCCAGCGAGAUCACCGACUUUGGGAAAUACCAGUGUAAAUCGGAGAACAGCUUUGGAAGUAUUCUCAGUCGAGAUGCUCUGCUACAGUUCGCUUAUCUGGGGGCUUUCAGUACAAAGAGCAGAGGAGCUGUGUCUGUGCGAGAAGGCCAAGGUGUGGUGCUCAUGUGCAGCCCUCCUCCUCAUUCUCCAGAGAUAAUCUACAGCUGGGUGUUUAAUGAGUUUCCCUCCUUUGUUGCUGAGGACAGUCGGCGCUUCAUCUCCCAGGACACAGGGAACCUGUAUAUCUCCAAGGUGCAGCCCUCAGAUGUUGGAAGCUACAUCUGUCUGGUGAAGAACCCAGUGACAAAUGCAAGAGUUUUGAGUCCACCAACUCCUCUGACCCUGAAAACUGACGGUGUCAUGGGUGAAUACGAGCCCAAAAUUGAAGUGCAUUUCCCUACGUCGGUUCUGGCGGCUAAAGGAGUGACUGUCAGGCUGGAGUGCUUUGCUCUGGGGAACCCGGUGCCGACAAUUACAUGGAGGAAGAUAAAUGGCAACAUUCCCAAAAGAGUCCGACUUCGGAAGUCCCAGGCCGUAUUAGAGAUUCCCAACAUUCAGCAGGAUGAUUCAGGAGUUUACGAAUGCAAAGCUGAGAAUCCGAGAGGAGGAACUGCUUUCAAAGGGCAUCUGCAGGUCUACACUCUUCCUCAGUGGGUUAGAAUGAUUAAUGACACUCAGAUGGAUAGCGGAGAGAAACUCCAGUGGGAGUGCAAGGCCAUCUCGAGGCCGCGGCCCACCUAUCGCUGGCUUCGUAAUGGUCUGCCCUUGGCAUCCCAGGGUCGAGUGGAAAUAAUGAAUGGGGAGUUGUCCAUUCACAAAGUGCAGCAGACGGAUUCCGGGAUGUACCAGUGUGUGGCAGAAAACAAAUACGGGGCCGUCUACUCUAAUGCGGAACUCAAGAUUUUGGCAUCAGCACCCGUCUUUUUCCAAAACCCUGUCCGGGUCAUAGCCACGCUGGGAAAAGAUGCGUACCUGGAAUGCAAACCGAGAGCAUCGCCCAAACCCCGAAUCACAUGGAAGAGAGAAGACAGAAGGAUACAGCCAAGCAAAAGGAUUAUUCUGUUACGGAACAACACUCUGAAAAUUGUCAACUCCAGCCGAGCAGAUGAAGGGAACUAUGUGUGCCGGGCUGAGAAUCAGUUGGGCUCGGCCGAGCUGACGGCCGUACUGUGGGUAAAAGAGGCCAUGCGUGUGGUGCUGAGCCCCAGCAAAGUGGAGGUGACCGUGGGGGAGAGCGUGGUCCUGAGCUGCAAGGCGACGCACGACACAUCCCUGGAUGUGGCUUUCCAGUGGUUCUUCAACCAGAAACCCAUCGUCUUCCAGCAGGACGGAAACCACUUUGAGUACAUCCAAACAGUGAGAGCAAAACAGUCGUCCACCGUGGAUCUGAUGAUCAGGAGCAUUCUGCUUAGGCAUGCUGGGAAGUAUGGAUGCAGAGCGCAGACCAGUGCUGACUCUGUGUUUACGGAGGCUGAACUUCUUGUGCGAGGCCCUCCUGGACCCCCUGGAGUUGUGAUCGUGGAGGAGAUCACAGACCACACAGCUACCUUGUCUUGGACGCGGGGUCUGGACAACCACAGCCCCAUCAGCACCUACAAUUUACAAGCCAGGAGCCCGUUCUCAUUAGGCUGGCAAACUGUCAAAACAGAUCCAGACCCAGUCACCGGGGACAUGGAGUCGGCCAUGGCCGUGGAGCUCAACCCCUGGGUGGAAUACGAGUUCCGAGUUGUUGCCAGCAACGCCAUUGGAACCGGCGAUCCGAGCGCACCUUCAAGACGUGUUAGGACUAAGGAAGCAGUGCCAUCAGUGGCGCCAUCCAACGUGAGUGGGGGCGAUGGCCGAAGGCAUGAACUGGUCAUCUCGUGGGAGCCCGUAUCAGAAGAAUUCCAAAAUGGUGAGGGCUUCGGGUACAUUGUCGCCUUUCGAGCCAACGGCACUCGAGGCUGGAAGGAGAAGAUGGUGACCUCAGCGGACUCCACCACGUACAAAUACAGAGACGAGACCUUCCCUCCGCUGACUCCAUUUGAAGUGAAAGUGGGCGUGUACAACAAUAAAGGGGACGGCCCUUUCAGCCAAGUGGUCAUCAUCCAUUCUGCGGAAGGAGAGCCAAGAGAGCCACCGUCCGACGUAAAAGCUUACAGCACUUCGUCAUCGGAAAUCAGAGUGGCCUGGAAACCGCCGAGUCCAGGGCCUGGAAAACCCAAAGGAUACGAGGUUCAGUUUUGGAAAGAAGCGGAGCAGGAAGAGUCUGGAAAAAAACAGCGUACAAUGAAAAACGAGACCUUCAUGAUCCUGACGGGCCUGGACGGGAACAGUCAGUAUCUCAUCACGGUCAAAGGGUUCAACAACAUUGGUCAGGGUCCCGCCUGUGCUGCCAUCAAAGCCAGGACCAAGAAAUUCCCUCCAGCUCAGCCCCCGGUGAACCUCGCCUGGAUUCAAGAGGGAAACAAUGUUUCCUUAAGCUGGGAUCCAGUCAAAGCGAAAGACAACGAAUCUGACGUCAUCGGGUACAUGGUGUUGGUGAAACAAGAGGGCCGUGGCUACAACCAGGUGACACGAACCAUUAACCCGUCCACCGUGCUCUCACUGCCCGAGGGAGGCACUUACAUCAUUGAGGUGCGCUCGCUCAGCGAAGGGGGGGAGGGAGCCGCCAGCUCCCAAAUUCGACUUGUCACCUCCUCCGGCGUCCGAGCCAAAAGUGGGCAGUGCUCCGUGCACCGAACGAGCCUAACGUGGACCGCACUGCUCCUGGUUCUCCUGGUGCCUUGAGCUUCCUGGUGAGGCGGCUGUGCCACCCUCACCUUUAUACAGGGAGACACCAGUCUUUUUCUCCCUAACUCCCUAUGACUGCCUGCUUGCUCUGGCCUCAACCACCUGAAAGGGCCUGAGGCGUGCCGACGGGGGUCGAGUCUGCCAGCUAACGUGCAGCUCCUCGCAGCUUCUUCUUUUCAGUUUCCUGUUCUUUUUUUCAUUUAUUUCUUGCCGAGGCCCUGGAUGUUUGAUUUGUACACUUCUUUGGAACAUCGCAGUAAUGUUGUACUGUAGUGUACUUUGUGCAGAGAGGUUUAUUUAAUCACCUUAACGUUCUGUGUUCUCCUGAUUGACUGACACCUAACCACUCCCGGGCGGAUCUGUCUGUGGGCUCCACAGAGCACCAACAAUUCCUUAAAGCUGCAGCAGUGGUAACACGGGGAUCAGCCGGCCUGUUUCUUUUCAUUAUUUAUCUGCAUCAACCCCGCCCCCCCCGGCUGCCUAGCAAGCAAUGCAGCAGAAGCUCAGUAGAGAUAAGUGCAUUGUUUUCUUAUUCACACAUUAGGAGAAAAACAAGUUUUUUUAUGGAACCAAGACUCUUACUAUUUCGAGACUUGCUUUUUUUGUACAUUGUGUUACCUUUAGACAAAUAACAGUGGUGUGUGUCAGCUAUGUCCAACUCUGUUUUUUGGUAGCAGUAAAGCAACGCUUGAUGACACAGUUUGAUUGUUGGAUAUAUGAAAGUAGGAAGCCGGUACUCACCUGUAGUGCCCAAAUACAUGAAUAGACGAAGACAACUCUGUAUGGACUUCUGGUGUCGGUACAAAUAAAUGUGAUGUAUAUUUUUUAAAUGA